AGUUACGUUAGAUUGGCCGCCGGUGACGGGUGGCCGGGCGGGGGGCGGGAGGGCUUCUGAAGUAGGAAGGGAGGUCCGUUCGGCCGGGCGCGCCGCCCCAGUGCUCUGUGGGAUACUGGAAGUCUCGAGCGUCUCCUCCCGGUUCCCAGCCCUCUUCUGGCCAGCACUCAUAGAAACAGUCACACACCCCCUGCCUCCCCUCUCUUCCCUCUCCGCCUCCCCUUUCCCCCCCUCGCGAUAAGAAGACCCGGCGGCAGGAGAGGGGAUGAAGAUGGCGGACGCGAAGCAGAAGCGGAACGAGCAGCUGAAGCGCUGGAUCGGCUCCGAGACGGACCUCGAGCCUCCCGUGGUGAAGCGCCAGAAGACCAAGGUGAAGUUCGAUGAUGGCGCCGUCUUCCUGGCUGCUUGCUCCAGCGGCGACACGGACGAGGUCCUCAAGCUGCUGCACCGCGGCGCUGAUAUCAAUUACGCCAAUGUGGACGGACUCACUGCCCUGCACCAGGCUUGCAUUGAUGACAAUGUUGAUAUGGUGAAGUUUCUGGUAGAAAAUGGAGCAAAUAUUAAUCAACCUGAUAAUGAAGGCUGGAUACCACUACAUGCAGCUGCUUCUUGUGGAUAUCUUGAUAUUGCAGAGUUUUUGAUUGGUCAGGGAGCACAUGUAGGAGCUGUCAACAGUGAAGGAGACACACCUUUAGAUAUUGCUGAGGAGGAGGCAAUGGAAGAGCUACUUCAAAAUGAAGUUAAUCGGCAAGGGGUUGAUAUAGAAGCAGCUCGAAAAGAAGAAGAACGAAUAAUGCUUAGAGAUGCAAGACAAUGGCUAAAUAGUGGCCAUAUAAAUGAUGUCCGGCAUGCAAAAUCUGGAGGUACAGCACUUCAUGUUGCAGCCGCUAAAGGCUAUACAGAAGUUUUAAAACUUUUAAUACAGGCGGGCUAUGAUGUUAAUAUUAAAGAUUAUGAUGGCUGGACACCUCUUCAUGCUGCAGCUCAUUGGGGUAAAGAAGAAGCAUGUCGAAUUUUAGUGGACAGUCUGUGUGAUAUGGAGAUGGUCAACAAAGUGGGCCAGACAGCCUUUGAUGUAGCAGAUGAAGACAUUUUAGGAUAUUUAGAAGAGUUGCAAAAGAAACAAAAUCUGCUCCAUAGUGAAAAACGGGAGAAGAAGUCUCCACUGAUUGAAUCAACAGCCAAUAUGGACAAUAAUCAAUCACAGAAAACCUUUAAAAAGCUUUUUUCCUUUCACAGCAAAGAGACAUUGAUUAUUGAGCCUGAGAAAAAUGCAUCCCGUAUUGAAUCUCUGGAACAAGAAAAGGUUGAUGAUGAAGAAGAAGGAAAAAAAGAUGAAUCUAGUUGCUCUAGUGAAGAAGAUGAGGAAGAUGACUCAGAAUCAGAAGCUGAAACAGAUAAGACAAAAUCCAUGGCUUCUGUAACUAAUGCCAAUACUUCUAGUACUCAAGCAGCUCCUGUAGCUGUUACAACACCUACUGUGUCAUCUGGUCAGGCAACACCUACAUCACCUAUUAAAAAGUUUCCAACUUCAGCUACAAAAAUUUCUCCCAAAGAAGAAGAGAGAAAAGAUGAGUCUCCUGCAUCUUGGAGGUUAGGACUUAGAAAGACUGGUAGUUAUGGCGCACUUGCAGAAAUCACAGCAUCUAAAGAGGCUCAGAAAGAAAAAGACACUGCAGGUGUUAUGCGUUCAGCUUCAAGUCCCAGACUUUCCUCCUCUUUGGAUAAUAAAGAAAAGGAGAAAGAUAGUAAAGGAACUAGGCUUGCAUAUGUUGCACCUACAAUACCAAGACGACUAGCCAGUACAUCUGACAUUGAAGAGAAAGAAAACAGAGAUUCUUCAAGUUUGCGAACAAGUAGUUCAUAUACAAGAAGAAAAUGGGAAGAUGAUCUCAAAAAGAAUAGCUCAAUUAAUGAAGGAUCAGCUUAUCAUAAAAGUUGCUCCUUUGGUAGAAGACAAGAUGAUUUGAUUAGUUCUAGUGUUCCAAGCACCACAUCAACACCAACAGUUACCUCUGCAGCUGGGCUUCAGAAAAGCCUGCUUUCCAGCACAAGCACUACUACAAAGAUUACAACGGGUUCUUCCUCAGCAGGCACACAAAGCAGUACCUCAAAUCGUUUGUGGGCUGAGGAUAGUACUGAAAAAGAAAAGGACAGUGUUCCUACGGCAGUGACCAUUCCUGUUGCUCCAACUGUUGUAAAUGCUGCAGCCUCUACCACAACCCUGACUACAACUACUGCUGGCACUGUCUCCUCCACUUCAGAGGUCAGGGAGAGACGCAGAUCAUACCUCACUCCUGUUAGAGAUGAAGAGUCUGAAUCCCAAAGAAAAGCAAGAUCUAGACAAGCAAGACAGUCUAGAAGAUCAACACAGGGGGUGACAUUGACUGAUCUUCAGGAAGCUGAGAAAACGAUAGGAAGGAGUCGUUCUACCCGAACCAGAGAACAAGAAAAUGAAGAAAAAGAAAAAGAAGAAAAAGAAAAACAGGAUAAAGAGAAGCAAGAAGAAAAGAAGGAGUCAGAAACAUCUAGAGAAGAUGAAUAUAAACAAAAGUACUCCAGAACAUAUGAUGAGACUUAUCAACGCUACAGACCAGUAUCAACUUCAAGUUCAACCACUCCAUCCUCUUCACUUUCUACCAUGAGCAGUUCACUCUAUGCUUCAAGUCAACUAAACAGGCCAAAUAGUCUUGUAGGUAUAACUUCUGCUUACUCCAGAGGAUUAACAAAGGAAAAUGAAAGAGAGGGAGAAAAGAGAGAAGAAGAAAAAGAGGGAGAAGAUAAAUCACAACCUAAAUCAAUCAGAGAACGACGACGACCAAGAGAGAAAAGAAGAUCUACAGGAGUUUCAUUCUGGACACAAGAUAGUGAUGAAAAUGAACAAGAACAACAAUCUGAUACAGAAGAGGGAUCCAAUAAGAAAGAAACUCAGGUAAAUAACAUUAUUUUUUGUAUUUAGAAGUAUUCGUAUUUUUUAAGGGUUACUUUUUACUUGUGUUUAUAUUUAUUCAUGUCAGACAGUUACUGCACACUGUACCUGCCUGCUGGGGGUAGACCAUCAGUGGUUUUCUGGAAUCAGGCGUGGAGGGACUGGAAAGGGGCACAAAGAGUAUUUUAGAGACAUUGGGAAUUGUUCUAGAUCUUGAUUGUAGAGGUAUUUUUUUGGAUAUACACAACUGUCAAAACUCAUCAAACUGUGUUCUCUAAGUGGAUGUAGUUUAUUGUAUGAACCUUCAAAGUUGAAAAGAAAUAUGUAAAUUAACCUUCAAAGUUGAAAAGAAAAAACAAAGAAGAGAAUACAGUUUUCCACUGCUGUCCAAAAGUAGAGUGUUCCAUAAUCUUCAGUAAGCCACAUAAAGUGAAGAGGGAAUUACCUUAGGACACAUCUUGCUACCGGAUGCAAGAGAUAAAUUGAGAUAAAUCGCGGUGCUCAAAGACACAGUCCAAAGCUGUGGCAGCUUAAACUGAGUGUAGUUCCCAGGGAAGGAGCUUGGCGGUGUCUCUUUUGCUGCUGAGGGUGUGCUGCCUCUAUAAUGGCUCGCUGUAAAACAUGUUGAGUACUGUUUGCACUUUUUGCCUUUUUUCGUAAAAGCAAAGUGGCGUAAACAAACUUUUGAAAAGCAGGGGCUACCUGUAAUAACCUUUGACCAAAGAAAAGUAUCUAAAGAAUAUCCAGAAGUAGUGCAUACCUUACCAGAUCCAGACUUUAGUUUUGUAAAUGGCAAAGUUGUAUUCUGGAGAAGAUAAUAGGUCAUUUUAACUUGCUUUACAUUUGUUUAGAAAUGUAGUGUCUCUAAAGGAUUUUACAUUCAUUAUCACAGCUGAUCUUCCUCAAUAAUCUUCAGGAAAAGCCCCCCCACCUCGCCCCCUCAGUAUUGAUGAAGAAACUAAGGCAAGUUUGAAUGACAAGGUUGCAUAGCUAGCAAAUGAUGAAAGUUUCUUCCCACUAGUUUUUUUGCCCCUCUGUUCCCUAUUGUUUGGCUGUGCACAAAGCUGACAUACUUAGAAGAGCUGUAUUCACAUAAGGGUAGAUCUGUACAACAUAAGUUAGUCUUAAUCUUUUAUACUCAGCACUGUCUAGCCUGAAAUCGUAUUCUGAUCAUAUUUUCUUCAUUUUGACUUGGCGUUCCUACAUAAAGCUGUUAAAAUUACUUUCAAUCGCAGGAAUCUACAAUAAUGUGAAGUGCCCAGAAGUUGGUUCUCUGUGCUAGGUGACUCUGGACAUUACUCUUAGGGCCUAUUUUGACCCAAAAGUUACUUUUAUUUUACCUUUAGAUAGCCAGACAGAUUGAGAAAUUAAUUACUAACAAGGGUAAAUUAUUUGCAGGGCAAAAGUUUUGUCAUUUUUAAACCCUUUGCCUAUCAGUUGUCAGCACUCCCCCAUUUCACCUAUGCCUCUUCUUUAUUAUAUUCUGUAAACUUGUCCAUCAUCUUCCUUGCCCAUUGGUACACUAUGAACUCCCAUCUUUCAAGGAAAAACAAUGGACAGGUAAACAAAAGCAAAGGAAUUAGUAAACCAUCUCCAGCUGACCCUUCUCACUGCCAUAUCACCCAGAUCUCCUAUCCCAGCAGGCUGGGAUAGGAGGGGAAAGAUAUUCUGGCUUACAAAGUUUUCUGGCUUACAAAUUUUGAAGCAUAUUGAUAUAUGUUGUAUUUAAGUUUUACUGUUAAAAUUAUACAUGAGAUACAUUAAGGUUGAGUAGAAUAUUGUUUCUAUGAAGAAAUUUUUUCUUAGUUCCAAAGAAUUUAAAUAGUCUUUGUUCAUUUUAAAACUAGAGGAUUGUUUGGAUCUUACUUUGUUCUAGCAUUUUUUUCAGUUACAAGUAAUGCAAAACCCAGCUUAAACUGGAUUAAACAAAGAGAAUUUUUUAUAAUUCAGUUAUAUUACACAACCCUCUAUGUCAGACAAGGCCUACCACUGAUAUAUUGCAGCCGUUUUGCUGCUAAUGUGGGCUACGUACCAUCUCAUCUAAACUUAAUGACUGCUGUACCAUGAGGAAAAGCAAGAGUGGAGGUUAAGACACUAACCCAUAGUGUCUUUACAAUAGACUAGAAAAGUGCUUCCACUAAAUAAGUGUUGCUCUCUUAUGAAAAUUUGUAGCAUCAGCCCUUUUUUUUUCUGUGAAAAAGUAUGAGCAAUACAAUUGUUCGGUGCAUUUUAUCAUUACCUCAGAAGUGUGUUUGAUAAACAAAACUUGUAUUCAGUUUAUAGAAUCCCAGUUCACCAAUUUGAAAAAUGGCUUUGUAGCAUAUACUUUUUCGCUUCAAACUAAAUUGUAAGUUGCCGAAAAGUUGUUAAAUAUUUUGAAUUACCUGUGAAGCUACCUUCAAGAUAUAAAUUAAAAUUAAGGUGAAAUUUGAAUUACUUUAUCAUAAUAUGGUUCAUUCUUUCCAAAAAUGGGGCUUCUGUUGCUUGGGUUAUUAUAAUUUGCUUUCAUUAAACUAUUGGAUGAUAAAACUUUUACCAUGAAAAGAACAUUAGUAAUAAAUCAAAAAUUUAAGUAAGACAGACACCAAGGCGAGAAACUAAAAAGAAAAGAUUAGCAGAUUUGAUUAUUUAAACAUGUAAAGCUAGAAAAUGGCAAAAAAGAUGCCCUUAUUAAAAUUGAGACACAUUUGCUCAGUUAAAAGUAAAUAAGCUGGGGCUUCCCUGGUGGCGCAGUGGUUGAGAGUCCACCUGCCGAUGCAGGGGACAUGGGUUCGUGCCCCGGUCCAGGAAGAUCCCACAUGCCGCGGAGCGGCUGGGCCCAUGAGCCAUGGCCGCUGAGCCUGUGCGUCUGUAGCCUGUGCUCCGCAAUGGGAGAGGCCACAACAGUGAGAGGCCCACGUACCGCAAAAAAAAAAAAAGUAAAUAAGCUGGACUUCCCUGAUGGUGCAGUGGUUAUGAAUCCACCUGCCAAUGCAGGGGAUACGAGUUCGAUCCCUGGUCCAGGAAGAUCCCACAGGCCGUGGAGCAACUAAGCCCAUGCGCCACAACUACUGAGCCUGUGCCCUAGAGCCCGUGAGCCACAACUGCUGAAGCCCGUGCGCCUAGAGCCCAUGCUCCACAACAAAAGAAGCCACCGCAGUGAGAAGCCCACGCACCGCAGCGAAGAGUAGCCCCCACUUGCCGCAACUAGAGGAAGCCUGUGCGCAGCAAUGAAAACCCAAUGCAGCCAUAAAUAAAUAAAUAAAUUUUUAAAAAGUAAAUAAGCUUAGCCCUCUUUUGUAGCACUUAAAAGAUAUUUGUACUAUUUAAAAGACAGUAAAACAGAGGCAGAAUCCAUGAAAUUUAUAAAUGUUACAAAAGAAGAAAUAUAAAUGGCCAGCAAGCUUAAAGUACAUUUACUCUCAUUAAUAACCAAACAAUUAAUACAAAAGUGAAAUUGGCAAAGGUUAAUAAUGCUUAGGUUUGGCGUGAUUAGUAUUGAAAUAGGCAUUUUCAUAUAAGAUUUUGGGAUUAUAAUUAAUAUGUUUUCUUGGGAAAUCAGUUUAGCAGUACAAAUCUGAAGGCUUGAGAAAAAGUUCAUGCCUUUUAGCUUAGCAAUUCCACUUUGAGAAAUAUAUUCCCAAUGAAAUGACUUAAGUUUGGAAAAACAAGUCUAAAGUGUUAACAGCAGCAUGGCUCUUGAAGCAAAAUAUUGAAAACAUCCUCAUUGUCUAUUAGUUGGGAAUAUAUCAGAAUGUAUUUGCAUGGAUAGAUAUUUUAUGUGUUCACAAAGAUAUGUAUACAGAAAAGAUUAACUGUGGUUAUCUAGGGCGUUUGAGAGAUGGGGAAUUAUAGAGGAACUUUUUAUACUGUGGUAUUUUAUAUGAGCUUAUGGUACUGUAAUCAGAAAAACUUAAAGGGCAUUUUUACUUUGGAAAAAUAAUUUUAAAACACAUAGAACCACAAGGACAUUAUGCUAAGUGAAAUAAGCAGGUCACAAGAAACACAUAGUGUAUGAUUCCACUUAAAUGAGGUACCUAGAGUAUUCAAACUCAUGGGUAGCAGAAAGUAGAAUUGUGGUUGCCGGGAGCUAGGGGUAGGAGGAUAUGGGGAUUUGUUUAAUGAGUAUAAAAUCACAGUUUUGCAAGAUGAAAAAAAUUCUAGAGAGCUGUUGCACAACAGUGUGAAUAUUGUCAGCGCUACUGAACUAUACUCUUAAAAGUGGCUUACAUGGUAUGUUUUGUUUUAUGUGCUUUCUACUACAAUUUUUAAAAUAUAAAACAUAACCAAUACUUUAAAAACCAUGCUUUUUAAAGGCAAAGAAAUAGAAUUUGAGUGAUUUCUGUGACUACUUGGAGUUUUUAUUUAUUCUUAAAUUUUAAAUCAGUGAACCAGAGUGCAGACUGUGAGGUGAGAUGUGAUGUUUUCAUUUGAUAUGUAUACAUUUUAUUUCAUGUGUGGCUAGUUUCCUGAAUUUGGAUAAAUAAUAUCUUUUGUUUGUUUCUGCUCUUUUUUUAAAUUGAGAUAUAAUUGACAUAUAACAUUAUAUUAGUUGCACAUGUACAAAGUUGUUAUUUAAUAUUUGUG